AUGGAAUUUAUCCCCGCAGAAAUCCCCGAAGUUAUCCUGAUUAAGCCGAACGUUUUUGGCGAUCACCGUGGUUUUUUUAUGGAGACUUGGCAGCGUCAACACUUUGCUGAAAAUGGCAUUGAUGUUGAUUUUGUUCAAGAUAACCACAGUAAAUCAUCACAGGGGAUUUUACGUGGUUUGCAUUACCAACUCAUUCAGCCGCAAGGAAAAUUAGUAAGGGUUGUCGAGGGGAGUGUUUUUGAUGUCGCCGUAGACUUGCGAAGAAAUUCGUCAACCUUCGGGCAGUGGGUUGGAUAUGAGUUGUCGGCAGAAAACAAGCACAUGUUAUGGGUUCCACCCGGUUUCGGGCAUGGCUUUUAUGUCAUGAGUGAAUCGGCUGAGUUUGUCUACAAAUGCACCGACUAUUAUGCGCCAGAACAUGAGGGAUGCGUGCGUUGGGAUGAUCCAGCGCUGGGGGUUGACUGGCAUUUGGUCGAUGGCAAAGCACCUGUAUUAUCCGAGAAAGAUGCCAAUGCGAGCUUGCUAGCCGAUGCGAUAGUUUUCGAAG